AUGUCUUCGAGAAGAACGAUAUUUCCAAUUACCACGCCCGCUGUGAAUGAAUGCCAGCUCGCGAACGCCAUCAAGAUGGCUCGGGCGAUUAAAUUCCCACUGGAAGUUUUCCCGGAGCCAAUAACUGAAUGGCUGAUGGCAUUGGCAUUUUCCGUGAACACACGGCCAGAAUUCAUAUUGAUUGCGGCUAUUUCGGUUGUGUCCACUUUGAUGGGUCCGAAAACUAAAUUAAAGAUUCGGAACCGUUAUCGGGAGCCGUGCAAUCUGUUUACCGUGUGUUUGAGUGAACCUGGGGCCGGAAAAUCGCAAGCGUUUGAGAUUGCUGUGGAGAGUCCAAUCCGCGCGUUGAAGGAGCCAGCUCAUUCGAUGGUCAUCCAUGACUUCACGCGGAAAGGACUCUUCCAGCACCUCGUCUCUCACGAUGGUAGAGCUCUAUUGGCUCAUUCUGAAAUGAGUUCGUUUUACGAAUUCAUUUUGAAGAAGCAACAAGAGGGCUCAGGUGAGAGACAGUUAUUUUGCAGGCUUUACGAUGGCAUUGCUGAAUGGGCACUAACAAGUGCGUGCACGAAUAACAGCAGUUCCGCUGGUAAAGUCGAGAAACGGGAGCGGCGUGAGGUCCUUCUAGAAAGCACUUUGGCCCUUGGUGGGUUCACUCAGCCCGAACCAUUUCUGCAGCUGUUUAAACCCCUAGCCAAAACCAAGGAUGGGUUUCUUGAUAGAAUUUUGAUAUGUUCAAUAAAACCUCGCUUGUUACUCGAAGAAGAAGUGGAACAAUGGUGUGAAAAACUGGAAGAAUACACUACACAAGAGUUCUCCGGCGUAUAUAAGACAAUAUUCGACAAGCAUGAGAACGGUGUCGAGUAUUGUUACUCACCUGAGGCAAAAGAGAAGUAUACUGAGUACGCCAAUAAUCUCUCCAAGAAUAUGAAUGCCCAGUGGGAUGAAGAAAGCAUUUGUACGGAGAACUUUUCCAAGGACAAAAAAAAUUUUAUAAGGAUAUCAUGCGUUCUCCACGUCCUCUUGUCUGUCCUCAGUCAUUUUAUUGACAAUGAGAAAGACGGCGAAGAAUGUGAUAUUGAAAAGGAGAUUCCGCGAAACAUAUUAAGUAUUGCAGAGGCAGUCAUGGAAUAUUUUGGAGAUCAGCGAAAGGCCUUUAUGACGUUGAUAAAACCUGUUUCCAAGGAAAACUCCCGUUCAUCAUCAACAAUUCCGGAUGAUACAGGAUCAUCGUCUUCCAGCGAAAUCAUAAAUGCAUUCGGGCAGUGGUUUGUGGGCAGGUGUAAAGACUAUUCCGAAGAAUGUAUCAGUAAAUUUGCCAGAGAAAAGAAAAAGGUGGGUGAUAAGGAGCCUAGCAGUAUCGCUAUACGGAUAGAAAGCAUUCCGGACGAUGGUGGUCAGCCAAUCAUAGUAGACAAAAGCGAACUAAAAAAAGCAGUCGUGAAAGAAGGAGGGCAGGAUCGAGACACAUCUUAUUUCUUAAAUCAGGACGGAAAAAAACAAAAGGCUGGUUGUUUGUCAAUUCCAUUGGCAUCGUUCACAGUACCCCUGAAGCACCAGGUGUUACAAGUUCUCAAAGGUCUGAAGCUUGACACAUUGCCACAAGAAAUUGGUUCCGGUGACAAGAAAGCGGAGGAAUGUUUGUCUGAUGAAGAUGAAAAUGAAGGAACUGCAACUGACAUGAGUGAGCAUGACACAGUGGGCAGACAAACUCAAAUGUCUAUUGGAUCCAUUGAAGACGAAAAUAAAGAAACAGAAACGACGAUAGAUAUGAGUGAGCAUGACACAGUGUGCAGACAAACACAAAUGUCAACUGGAUCCAAUGAAGACGAAAAUGAAGAAACAGAAACGACGAUAGAUAUGAGUGAAAAUGACAGGGGUAAAUCGGACCGAUCAAAACGAGAGAUGAAAAAAUUAACAGACGCCUUGUCGAAGAAUGACAGGCCAAGCAAACGCAAAAGACGAAAAAAUGCCAAAUGACAUUUUACUUUUUUUUAUUAUAACUCAUUGUUAAGAUUGUUAAUUAAUUGUUACGGCUGUAUUAUUAGACAAUUACCUAUAAUGGGCAGAGUGUUUAUGUAAUUAUGCCUUUAUCAGGGAAAAAUCAAAUGUAAAAAACAUUUAUUAAAUAUAAACUUAUCUGGCAGAUCGAUGAUCAUCUAAAUCAGACUAAAGUAGCCGUAACGGUUUUGAAGAAUAAAAUGUUUCAAGAAAAGAAUAAGUGAAAACGAACACAGAAACACUGA